UUGAAUCACCAUUUUACGGAUGAGCAGCCUUGAAGACGAGCCCGAGGAGGGUCUCCGGCGAGCGGGGGGCGGAGGGAUCCCGUCCCGGGACCGUGGACGAUGGCGGCGGAGUCGAGGCGGGGGGCUGCCCUGGAGCCCCAGGCCCCCCGGGAGCACGAGGGGCUUCUGACGGUGAAACUGGAGGAGGACUGGGCCUGGGGCGCGGAAACCAUCCGACACGGGAGUGACGAGAUCUUCCAGCAGCGCUUCCGGCAGUUCCGCUACGAGGAGGCGUCGGGUCCCCGCCAGGCGCUGGGCCGCCUGCGGGAGCUGUGCCGCCUGUGGCUGAGGCCCGACCGGCGCACCAAGGAGCAGAUCCUCGACCUGCUGGUCCUGGAGCAGUUCCUCGCCGUCCUGCCCGCCGACACCGGGGCCCGGGUGCGGACCCGCCGCCCCGAGAGCGGGGAGGAGGCCGCGACCCUGGUGGAGAAUUUGCAGCGAGAGCUGGGUGGACCAAAGCAGUGGGUGCGAGAGGAGAAAUUCUUAGUCCCCGCCGGUGCCCCUGGCCAGGAAGUGCUCGCGGAGGACACGGCGAUCCCGGGAGCCACCCGAGCGUCGCUUCCGAGCCCGCCCCGGGUGGGCUCGUCUCCGACGCGGCAGGACUUCGGAAACCUCCGCCUCCUCGGAAACCGAUACGGUCGUCAAACCGAAAGCCGGACUUCGGAGUCGGCUCUCCCAGAGGAGGGACUCUUCGAAGAAGCGGAUCCGCACAGGGGGUCCCCGGGAGAACGCCCGCCGAGUAUCCCCCUGGCUCCCGGGGAGGGGAUGACCCGUGACUCCGAGGGCCGGCAGUGGAGGGAUCCCUCGGGGGGAGGUCUGAGGAAGUUGAGCGGCCGGCAGAGAGCUGUAAGAGAUGUCCGGGACAUCCCUUCGAAAACCUCCACGAGCAAGGGGACCUAUGAGUGUUGUGACUUUGGGGAAGCUUUCGAACAGAGCCCUCGCUUAAUGGGACUGCAGAAGACACCCCCGGGGGAGAAACCCUACAAAUGUGAUGAAUGUGGGAAAGCCUUUAGCCGCCACUCGACCCUCAUUCAACAUCAGCGGAUUCACACCGGAGAGAAGCCCUAUGACUGCAGUCAGUGCGGCAAAGCGUUCAGUCGCAACUCGACCCUCAUUAAGCACUGGCGAAUUCACACAGGAGAGAAGCCCUAUCACUGUCCUGACUGCGGGGAGGCCUUCAAACAGAAUUCUCACCUCAUCGAACAUCAGAGAAUCCACACGGGAGAGAAACCUUACAAAUGCGGCGAGUGCGACAAAGCGUUCAGUCGCCACUCCACCUUCUUCAAACACCGGCGGACUCACGCCCGAGAGAGACCUUUCAAAUGUACCGAGUUCGGCAAAGCGCUCAGGCAGUCGAGAAACUUAAUGGUGCACCAGAGGAUCCGCGGGGGAGAAAAGCUGUAUCAGUGUAACGAGUGCGGCAAAGCUUUCAAGCAGAACACGCACCUGAUUGAGCAUCAGCGAAUCCAUACGGGAGAGAAGCCCUACAAGUGCGGCGAAUGUGGGAAAGCCUUCUGUCAGCACUCGACCCUCAUUCAGCACCAGAGGAUUCACACCGGCGAGAGGCCCUACAAAUGUAACGAGUGCGGAAAGGCCUUCAGUCGCCACUCGACCGUCAUUAAGCAUCAGCGAAUUCACACGGGGGAGAAACCCUACCGGUGUGACGAGUGCGGAGAAGCCUUCAAACAGAACACGCACCUCGUCGAGCAUCAGAGGAUUCAUACCGGGGAGAAACCCUACCAGUGUAAGGAGUGCGGGAAAGCGUUCAGUCAUCACUCUUCCAUCGUUAAGCACCAGAGAACUCACACGGGAGAGAAACCCUACAAAUGUAACGAGUGCGGAAAAGCCUUUAGGAGCCGCUCCACCCUUAUCGAGCACCGGAGGAUCCAUCCUGGGGAGAAACUGAGCCCGGGCUCGGGGUUUCGCACCGAUUUCUCGGAGUAAGCAGGCGUCUCCAGCAAAAUCACCGCGGCUUUUGCGUCGGGGGGUCGUUCGGGACCGGACCUCGGACAUCUCUGGGGCAUUUCCGCGUCGUGCGUCGUCUUCUUUAUUCAGAACGUGCAAGGAGCCGGCCAGAGGUCAGCCGGUCUGGAGGGUGGUGGGUGGAAGUAGGGGAUCGUUGGUUUCUCGGACCUCGCCUAGCGCUCCUUCCCGCUGUUAACCGUGGGUGCCGGAGCUUCGGGUCGUGACGUGUAACUUCUCCUCUCGGUUGGCGUUCCUUAGAUCUUGAGCCCCCUGUGGGACGGGGACUUCGAUCCGAUCCUCCUGGAUUUAACCCGGGGCUUGGCGCAGUGAUUGGCAGAGAAGAAGUGCUUAAUAAACUCUGUGGUGGGGUUAUCUUCAGAGGAAUGGGGACGAUCCCGGCUGAAGCACCUAACUUCCGUUCGCGUUAAGUCCGUUCUUUUUUCACUUCCGAAAAGUCGUAUGACCCUAUAGAUGUGGGUUCACCGUCCAUUCGCCGGAAAAUUUACCACAAAAAAGACACUUGUAUGCUCA